CGCUGAGCCCGCGCACUGAGGCCGCGGCUGAGGCGGGGCCGGCGCGGCGGCGGGGGCGGGGGAGGCCGGGCCGGGCGGCAUGAUCGGCACCGUGCUCUGCUACGUGCUGCUGCCGGCGGCGCGGCUCCUCCAGGCCCUCCGAGAUGCUUUCUUUACCUAUCGAAAGAAUGUGCUUCUGGCGAAGAGCCCGUCCACCCAGAUAGAAGGUGUCUUUGCUGCAACCAGAGGAAGAUCAGUCCCAGAAGAGCAAGAAGCCCUUCUCCAGCAGUGGCUGGAGGAAGGAGUAGGGAAUUUGCCAGCCAGUGAGAGUGUUCCAGCGGUGAGGAGAGUAUCAGUUUCACUCACUAGUGACUGGUUAGAAGGUUCAGAGCUAUUGAUGACCAGCCUCAGUGACCUGAACACAUCUCCGGAAGUCACCCGGUGUGCUGAUCAGCAGCACUCAGAGCUAAAUGCCUUGGCUUCUUCAGAACUGCAAGAUCAUGCAGUGGCUGAACUGGCAAGAUUACCAUCAGAGGAAACAGUGACUGUAGCAGGCAGUGCCCCUUGGGCAGCUGUGGUGCCACAGACAGAUCACCAGACAGCUGGCUGUGCUGGUAUCAACGUGGAAGUGCUGAAUGACGACCCAGCUGUGCUGGCCUGGAGUUUAGCAUGUGAUGCAGAGACAGUGCCACCAGUGCUCCCAGCCCAGCCCAUUCAGGAUGCAGUGCCGUUUUACCCUGUCCCAACAGAGGUGCCCUACCAUGAGAUCUUAUGGAGAGACUGGGAGGAUCUUUCUGUCCAACCCUUAAAGCAGGUCUCAAAAAACACUCCCCUCUUUGAAUUUCGAGUCAUGUCUUACAACAUCCUUGCCCAGGACCUGGUGGAGCAGGGUCUUGAUCUCUAUGUACACUGUCAUCCAGACAUCCUGAACUGGAACUACCGCCUUCCAAACCUUUUGCAGGAGAUCCAGCAUUGGGAUCCUGACGUUCUGUGUCUCCAGGAGGUGCAAGAGAACCAUUACUGGGAGCAACUGGAACCAACAUUCAAGGAGAUGGGCUUUGCUUGCUUCUAUAAGCGGAGAACCGGGACGAAGACGGAUGGAUGUGCAGUGUGCUAUAAGCACAGCAGGUUCCAGCUGAUCAGUCUCAGCCCCAUAGAAUACUUCCGGCCUGGCCUGGAUGUCCUCAACCGGGAUAAUGUGGGCUUGGUGCUGCUGCUGCAGCCUGUGCUCCCAGAAGGUCUAGAUCUGAAGGCAGUCAGUCCUUUGUGUGUGGCCAACACUCAUGUGUUGUUUAACCCCCGUCGAGGAGAUAUCAAACUGGCCCAGGUGGCCUUGCUGCUAGCAGAGAUUGACAAAAUUGCAAGAACUACUGAAGGCAGCUACUAUCCUGUCAUCUUGUGUGGAGACCUGAACUCUGUACCUGAUUCUCCACUCUACAAAUUCAUCCGGAAUGGUGAACUUUCCUACCAUGGGAUGCCAGCCUGGAAGGUGUCUGGUCAGGAAGACUUUUCCCAGCAAUUGUAUUCACGGAAGCUGCUGGCUCCACUGUGGCCAAGCUCACUGGGUGUAACAGACAAGUGCCAGUAUGUCACCCUGUCUCAGCCAAAGAAACCUGGGAGACGCGAAUACAGCCGUGACUUCCUGCUGCAGUUCCGCUUUUGCGAUGUUGCCUGUGAACGACCACCACAGCUGGUCCUCCUGGAAGGUGUGACAGAUGCUAAACCAGACCGCCCUGCAGAUUGGCCCAAGCCCGCUGCCAUGGUGAAAGACCCUGAUCCCCAGCCAUUCGUCCCAAGGUGUUCAGGUGUUAUCCAGCAUGGCCUCAACCUGACCUCUGUCUACAGCCACUUCUUGCCACAGAGGGGACGCCCAGAGGUCACAACAAUGCCCAUGGGGCUUGGAGCCACUGUUGAUUACAUUUUCUACUCAGCAGAGCCUGUGGAGAGCAAGGCGGGUCGUAGGCUGUACAAGGAUGGAGCCCUGAAGCUACUUGGCCGUCUUUCUCUUCUCUCUGAAGAUGUCCUCUUGAUGGCAAAUGGCUUACCAAAUCCUUUUUGUUCAUCUGAUCAUCUCUGUCUGCUGGCUAGCUUUGGCUUGGAGAUCUCCAGCCUCAGAGAGAGUUAGUGUUGGUUCCCUUUCCCUAAAGAAAAGUUGUUCUGAAUACAGCAGUUGAGACUUUGGAUUGCACAACCUGCUUGCAAGAAAAUCCUUUUCCUUGUGAUGCCCUGAAAGUCCUUUUCUCCCCUCACACCCUCACUAAACACAAGGAUGGGAGAGUUGGAGUGCUUUUUGCAUUGGUAUUUUCUGCAUCUUUGCAAACCUGAGCUGUGUUCCCAGUGGGAUGCCAGGUGUAUUCAAUCAUUAGCAUCUCUUAAAGAGAUCCUUGUACCACUGCCUUGUUUAGCAGGUGUUUUUGAGCUGCGGGAACCAACAUAAUGCCCUUAUUUAUUUGUCCCUGUGUAAGAUUUUCAAGGAGCUGGAAAAGAGAGGGGCAAUGCUAUCUGCUUUUGGUUAGUUUAAUUGCUACCAAGGAGCAUGGAAUGUAUAAGCCAGUACUCUUUUCACACCAAAAUAAUAGUUCUUUUAAUGUCUCAGUAAUAGUCAGUACUUUGCAUUGUUGCGUUGCCUUUUAGAUUGGAUCUGCUAACUGCUUAGAAAUGUCUUUUACUUAAUAAUCUGUAAAGGCUUACUUGAUGGCAGAAGGGUUUGUGUGGUGUAACUGUUUCUACAAGAAACUGCUUGCUGUGACUAAUGGACCAGGCAAUGGAAUUGCCAGGAAUGGAACCAGGGGCUCUACAGAGCAGUAUCUGUAGAAAUGCAGCAAAAGCCUAGAGGCCUUGGGGAAGGCUUCCUUCCUUUCUGGCAGUCUCAGAAUGGUACCUAAUACGUAAUUUUUAGCAAAAGAUAUUAAGGAUCCUCCCAGUGAAUAUCCUGUAGAAAAAAUUACCCUGUAAGUCAUGAUAACCACAGAAGACUAUAACUCUGGCUGUCCCAAAAGAGAUGAAAAUGAAAGCCAUGUGAGGGUCAGCAGAGCCAUCAGAUGGAAGAGCUGAUCUUGUCACUUGCCCUGUUCUUUGUGCACUCCCUAUUGCAUUCAGCCUGCAAGGGGUCAAUGGCCAACCUGUAGUUUCCAUCUCCUGUGUCUUGCUGCAUCUUCUGCACCCAGCCAUGUUUAGGUGUAGAUAGAACCCUUAGGAUCAGCUCCUGUCUCUUGACAUGCGUUGGGAGGAAGGGGAAGGCUGUGUAACUUGGAGCCAGACUGCAGUCACUUGGAUCCCAGCAAACCUUUGGUGUCCUAUUGGUGUACUUCUAUAAGCAGUGACUUGGCCAGUACAAAAGCAAUCAAACUGUACCUGUUCCUAGAGUAAAUUCCCCAGUUCAGCCUGACAUUUGGUGCUCAGUUUUUCCUUAACAGAUGAAACCAGUCUUGGCAGAAAUCAAUAUUGGUAUAAACAUUAUCUUUUGUUCAUAAACAAAGCAGGAAAUCUGGUUCCACCUCAGGUUUUUGCAGGAAGGUACAGGAGACUUAAAAUAUUGUUUGUUCUUCAUGGUCUAUAUUGAGGGACUUUGAUAUUUUAAAUGUUACUUUCUUUAUUGAAAAAUAAAAUCCUGCUAAUCUAAGAAAAUACCACAAAGUAACUGCGGCACCUCGUAUUUCUGGCUGCUGAACCUCUGAAGAUUGCUCGACAAGUGAAAGACUUGCUCAACAAGAGAGGUGAAAGAGAGCAAAUUGGCUACACAUGAAAGUAAUGAGGGUUAAAGAGAGGGAAGAAGUGAGCCUAAUUUAAUCUCCCAAGACAUCCCUAAAUCCAAGAGGUGGCUUCUUUGGUAUUGGGUUUGUCUUGCCCCCUCCAUCCCCCACCUCCCUCCCCAGAAAGAUUUGCAUUCAGGAACCCUUGCCCUCCUCUCUAAGAAAGGAAUACUGCUGAUCUUUUACAGAUCACUUCUGUAAAUGACAAAAACAAGGUCUGUGGCGAGGGAGUUUUGUGCCCUUAUGAGCGUGUAAGAACUGCAUAUUCCCCUCUAGCCCUGCAAGAUGGUGUGGUAUUUGUCUGGUGAUGUGUGCAUGGCUUUUGCUACCUUUGUGAGUUUCUCUAAGUGAAUAGCAGCCUUUUGCCCUUAGGUAAUAGUUCUGGCAUGGCACUGGUACAUGGGGAGGGAUGGAUGCAGACGUGUGCAUUUAUAUGACUAUCUCACAGUUUGACUGAUUUCUGCAAGUACUCUUACUCUGAUUUUGUAAGCAGUUGUAUUUAUAAAGGGAGGGAAGGAAAGGGUGAAUUGAGAGCUUUGCUUUCUGUCUGGCUCAAAAAGGUUGCCAGAAGGCAGCCUGGUUGCAGAUGACUCCUUCCUGCUGUUAACAUUGUAAUAGGAACCUUAGAAGGCACUAAAGGUUUAACAACAACCAACCAAAGGCACCACAAAAAAUUCUUUGACACAUGGUGUUAGAACUUUAGCUAUCUGCUUCUAUUGUAAUUGCUGGCUGAGUCUGAGGUCAGUUGUUGAGGAGGUGUGUGUAAGUGUGUGUGUAUAUGAAAGCUGCCCAUAGGAGAGCCAGACUGAGCUCUCUGGAGACCCAUAAGGUGUGCACCAUGCACCAGCAGAUGAACUGGUUGCCCCUGCACUGCCUGAAGCACCCUGCCAGUCCUGUGAUAUAACUCAGGUGGAGGACCUGUGUUCCAGUAUCACAAGUGCUUUUUCCAUUUUAUCUCAACAAAAACCUUGACUUGUGGGCAAAUUGCAUGGAAGCAUCUCAGGGAGGUUUUAAGGCUCCAUCUAUACUUUGCUGGAAAAUCUAAUGUUGCACAGGUCAAACUAAUGCUUUCCCUUUCUGUGCAUUAAAUAAUAUGGUGUGCACUUGGAAUUGUUACGUUUUUGAACACUGGAUAUUGAGUCAUGUGCAGAGAAACCCCAGGACAAUGCCUACAAGUCCCCCUAUUCUUCUUUCUGGAAGUUAUAGUGUUCCCAGGAUGGCUUGCAGCUCUCAAAGCCCUGGCUUACUCAUGCUGUGCUGGGCACUCAGAGGUGAAGGUGUGGCAGAAAUGCAGGAUAGUGACUCUAUAGAGACACAAAAGCAAAGUUGAAGACUUGAUCUCUGUGUUUAUUUUGACCACCAUCACAGAAGCUCUGGUAUGAACUCUUACAGAAGUGGUCUGUUUCAGGAAAAUAAAAACCUCUGUGUUCUAGAGUAAUUUGGAGUUAAUAUCAAAUGGAUCUAGAGACCUGGGAAUGCCUCCUGACUGUGGGGGAUUAUAGGAGAGGUUUGGAGGUGGGGUUGGUAGCAAGUUCCUAACUGUAAAAUCGCGACUAGCAUAUAGUUGUUGGGAGAAGAACAUUGUGUUUUGUGAUGCUUUAAGAACAGCACCCACAGAUACAGUCAGAGCCUAUGGUAAUGAACAUUUAUGGGAUGCAGAACUGAGAUUCUAUGUGUACCUCUUAAAACUGUUUCUGGACUGAAAUGCAUGAUGAGUUUUCAUUAACACAGCUUUCUGAUGAAUUACAGAGGGAUCUGUAAACAGUUAUGAAAGUAGAACAGCAGCAUCUGCAAUGCUCAGAAAGGGAAGGUGUCACAGAGGUAAUUACCAGCUACAUGACCUUAGUAGUGAUGUAGAGUUCAGGGAGACUGGUGCUUAGGGCAAGUGAUGCCAGAGACUGCUGGCAGUGUGUGUAUGUUCCCUGUUAGCAGCCUCCUAAGCUGCAGGAGCAUGCAGCUGUUGAGGCAAUCAAGUAUUUGACUAAGUGUCUUUGCUAAAAAACAGCUUAGUUUGCACCACAGCUGCUAGGCUGUAUUUAGUCAUUCUAUUUAGAUAGAAGUUGGACUUCCUUUAUUUUCACAGUUUUAAGUUCAUUGCUUCAGGAGGUUGCCCUUCAUAAUCAGUUUUCCCGAUUACAUGGGAUGGGAGGAGUGGUAAACAAUAUAAUUGCUCUAGCUUCUUUCCUGUUCUUAAUAAAUGAAACUUGGCUGCUGUUUGAGGUCUUACUCCAUGCUCUGCAGCAGCUGUUUUCCCAUGACUACUCUAUCCAGUUAUCUGAGUGACUGAUGUUUAUUUUUUCUGCAGCUGUAUUUCUUCAGUUAAAAGUCAUGGGUGCAAUUCUCUAGGGCUAAGUGUUAUUAUAAAUGCAACAUAUGAUUGGUGUCAAGAUGUAAGAUAGUGAGUUUCCUCACUCCUGAAGAAUUAAGUGGGAAGAGUGGGAGCUCUGAAACCACUUAGAUGGGAGUAACACAUGUUAUAUAAAACAAAACACCUGAGUUUCAGAUUUAUUGGUAGUGCUCUAUACACCACCUGCUUUGUGAAGGCAGAAUUCUGAAAUGUACUUGACCUUAGUUUGUCUUCUCUGAGGAGUUUCCAAGAGGUCAUAAGUUCAGCAUCUCAGUGGAUCAAGGUAUGAGUCCUGCUCUUAAUGAUGUGUUGUAAUGGUGCUGGCAAGUAGUCAGCAAAGCAGGGUGUUGCUGCACUCCAGUAACUGCUCCCACUGCCACCACCUCAGUAUAGAACAUUUAUUGGAUAUCCUGUUUAGAUAUUUGCAGACAUAUCCAUGGGUCAUCCAAAUGCAGAUGAACCCUUUUGUUGCUUACCUAAAGGGGGAGUACACAAGGGUUAGUAGGAUACCAUCUCCUUUCAGGCUUCCUGUUGCGCAGGCUAAUUGAAUUGCUAGCUGUGACCUGCUUCUUACCAGACUGUAGCUGCCUGCCUGUAGUGCUUCUCAUAGCACUGUCAUGUUGAAAUACACAAGCUGAAUUGAAUAUACUGCAUUGUGUUUCUAAGUAUGAUACUGAGUUUCUGAAGGGAGCUCACCUGUUACAAUGAUAACCAAGAUGACAGAUUAAACAGCUGGCAUGCCUCUAACUCCUUUUGUCAGCUGUAAAUGUUUCCUUUCUCCUGUCAAGGCAAGUUGUCCUUCAGCUUCCACUGAAAAUGUCAGUCUUGAUGCUAUUUUUAUUUUCAGUUAUUUAAAUAUUUAUUUAAAUAUUUUCAGAUUUAGACUGUACAUUCUUGUGCUCUUGUAUAAUAGCUGUAAAAUUUUUUGUAACUUUGGUAAGACAGCAGCUUUCAAGGUCCAAGUUUGGCAAAUGGUAGGACUAAGCUAGACACUGGCUUGUGCUACAACAAAAGAUGUAUUUGUUCCAUCCAGUCUUUAAUUUCUACAUACCAGAAAAAAAAAUAAACAAAACCAAAAACCCAAUAGCAACAAAAAAACCUCCUUAACAAUUUUGUUGAGAUUUUAUUAUUUUCUUUCUGGAUGCAAAGCCUUCUACUUAUAUUUAUUCUAUAUAUUCAGUUAUUAGCCAGUGCCUAGAGCUGCCCUUGAACUGGGGGUAGAUGAAUGCUGUAGUGUUUCUAUAGUUACUCCUCUCCUCCUUUCCUCCUUUAAAAUGAAGUUAGAGAUAGGUUAGUAUUCACUUUUUGCCAAAUUAAAAAUAUAAUCCAGGAAAACAAACCUGGCUGAGUUAAUUCUGUCAUGGCCUGCUGUCUACAGCAUGUCAUUUGCCUUUGCCUGCCAUAAUCCUGCAGUUGCUACAUGAAUGGUGUUCUUAAGGCUCAGUCUCACUUUCUCAUGAAUGAAUUUCUGUGUGCUUUUAGACAUGUGAGAGCCUUAAGUCUUGGGCCUCUCAGUGUAAAAAACUGACAGGGUGUGGUUUUUUGUUUCUUGUUUUUUUUUUUUUUUUUUUAAUUUUCUGCUUCAACAUGUUGUUUAUCCUUCCCACAAUAAAGAUUUUCCACUUAA